CGGGCGGUGUCGCUGCCCGCUGCCCGGGCUGCCCGCCCCUUCCGCCGGCCCCUUCUUACCCCGGCGGCCGAGCCCCGCGGCGUGCGCUCAGGCUCUCUCCUGUGCCCUAGGUGCCCGCGCCCGCUCCCGCCGCAGCCAUGGCCCCCGCAGCAUCAGACCUGAAACUUGGCAAAAAAGUUAAUGAAGGUAAAACGAAAGAAGUGUACGAGCUGCCAGAUAUCCCGGGAUGUGUUCUCAUGCAGUCAAAAGACCAAAUAACGGCGGGAAAUGCAGCCAGGAAGGACCGAAUGGAAGGGAAGGCUGCCAUUUCCAACACAACGACAAGCUGUGUGUUUCAGCUGCUUCAGGAAGCUGGAAUCAAAACAGCUUUUGUCAGGAAACAGAGUGACACAGCGUUCAUAGCAGCUCACUGUGAAAUGAUCCCAGUUGAAUGGGUGUGCAGAAGAAUUGCUACUGGCUCUUUCCUCAAGAGAAACCCUGGUGUCAAAGAAGGAUAUAAGUUUUACCCACCCAAAAUUGAGAUGUUUUACAAGGAUGAUGCUAAUAAUGAUCCACAGUGGUCUGAAGAGCAAAUAAUUGAAGCAAAAUUCUGUUUUGCUGGACUUACUAUUGGCCAGACUGAAGUGGAUAUUAUGUCUCGUUCUACUCAAGCCAUUUUUGAGAUCCUGGAAAAAGCAUGGCAGCCCCAAAACUGCACUCUUGUAGACCUGAAGAUUGAAUUUGGUGUUAAUGUGCUGACAAAAGAAAUUGUUCUUGCUGAUGUUAUUGACAAUGAUUCAUGGAGGCUGUGGCCAGCAGGAGAUAGAAGCCAGCAGAAGGACAAACAGUCCUAUCGGGACCUGAAAGAAGUGACUCCUGAAGCACUGCAAAUGGUUAAGAGAAACUUCGAAUGGGUUUCAGAAAGAGUUGAGUUGCUUCUAAAAACAAAGAGCCAAGGUAGAGUUGUGGUGCUAAUGGGAUCUUCUUCUGACCUCAGUCACUGUGAAAAAAUAAAAAAGGCAUGUGCAACCUUUGGAAUUCCUUGUGAAUUAAGAGUGACCUCUGCUCACAAAGGGCCAGAUGAAACACUGAGGAUCAAAGCAGAAUAUGAAGGAGAUGGAAUCCCAACAGUGUUUGUUGCAGUAGCUGGCAGGAGCAAUGGUUUGGGGCCAGUAAUGUCUGGUAACACUGCUUACCCAGUUGUCAACUGCCCUCCACUCUCAGCUGACUGGGGUACUCAGGAUGUGUGGUCCUCUCUCAGACUACCCAGUGGUCUUAGCUGUCCUACUACUCUGUCACCUGAAGGAGCUGCCCAAUUUGCUGCCCAGAUAUUUGGGUUAAACAAUCAUUUAGUGUGGGCCAAACUGCGAUCAAACAUGCUAAACACCUGGAUCUCCUUGAAGCAGGCUGACAAAAAACUUAGGGAGUGCUCCUUGUAAGUCACACUAACAAGUAACUAUUAUUAGUUACACAAUGAUAAUGGCGUGUGCAUAUUCAUUCAUAUUAGGAUUUACCUUUGGAUGAGCUCAAAAGUCCUGCAUCAUUUCUUGCAGAAGAAAGCAUUGUUAGAGCAGAAUAGGAAGUCUGUUGUCAUCCUUCCCUUGUGUAUUUUUUUAAUAUAACAACUAAGUAGAGAUGGGGAAGUAGUAUUUUAGGUGUCUCUUUCUGUCGCUCCAGAAUGGUGCUGUUCUGCUUUUUAGUCUAUACUGUUAACUACAGACUAUGUCAAGAGAAUGAUUUGGUGCGAUCUAAAUAGAAUUCAAGUAGUCUUUUGCAUUUCUGUAACAGUAACAUUCUUCCAUAGUAUUAAUGUAUGUCUUGAACCUUACUAACUGAACUGGACUGCUGACUAAAGCCAGUGUUGAUGCUGUUCUGCUUGCAAUGAUGGUAUGCUUUCUUUAGCAAUAAAAUGAAAACAUAUACUGUAUUAAUAGGAAAAGAGUGUGUAAAAAUGUUUUAAGAGCCUGAAAUAAAUACAUGCCUUAUUUAAAAAAUGUAUAUACAUACAUGUAUCUUUUUAAAAAAUAUGUGUGUGUAUAUUUACCCCAUUGAUACAUUUUGGAAUGAUGUGGUGAAGUUGACACCAAUUUGCUUGUUCAUAACAAGCUAUAAAUACAAAUGGCUUGAGUGACCUGUAACUUGGCUUGUUGCCUGUUUGCUCUAACUCUUGCCUAGCUCAGGCUUUGUUCUUUUAAAUACUAGGCAGAUCUGCCUUCAGUAGUUCUGUAGGGCCUAUGAUGCUAUUGGACUGUCUUCAUACACUUAAAUAACUGUAGCUAUUCUGUGUCUAUAUUUCCUCACUCUACUUCUGUGGAAAUUUUAUGGAACUGAACAGGGGAACAAGUACUAAAGCAACAAACUUCUGGGGGGAAAUCUAAGCAUGACUUUGUCUUUGCACACACCGGUCUUCUGAGUAGGUAACAUUCUAACAAAUAUGCAAUUAUUCAAAGUAUGUAACACCUAUGCUUUUACAAUUAUAAAUAAACUAUUGAAUGCAAA